CCGAUCAUCUGCCUUUCGUUACUCCUCCUUCUUGACCGAUCAUUUUGCCUCAAGUUUCUAUAAGAAUACCCGAGUACUUUGUUUCACCUCGCAUAUGCGAGUUAGUGAUCUUCUAGUCGCCGACCUUGAACUUACUUGUGUUGUGAAUUCCCAUGUUUAUUCGCACUCCUUAUAACCCUCUUUAUUCCACUUGCGACAAAUUUCAUGUGCCUAUUAGUCAGAUAAUCUCAUUAUGAAGGCGGUUAUACAGCGAGUCAAAUCCGCGUCGGUUACAGUCGAUGGCCAGCUAGUCUCUAAAAUCGGUAGAGGUCUGCUCGUUUUGGCAGGUGUUGGCAAGGGGGACACAGAGAAGGAUGCAGAUACGUUAAUCCAGCGGAUACUGAAAGCCAAGUUGUUCCCAGGCGAUGAAGAUAAGCAGUGGAAGCGAAAUGUUCAGGAUAUUGAAGGAGAGAUUCUCUGCGUGUCACAAUUUACACUCUAUGGCCAAUUGAAAAAGGGCAAGCAACCAGACUUCCACGACGCCGCUGACGUGGAGACUGCUCGCAAACUGUACGACUACUUCUUUCGACGACUGGGGGAAGCCUACAAGCCCGAACGGGUAAAGAACGGUAUCUUCCAGGCGAUGAUGGAGGUCGAAUUGAAGAACGAUGGGCCGGUUACGAUCGAGAUCAACACACAGUUGCCGAAGAAGGAGAAAACGGAUAAGGAAGAGCCGUCGCAACCGGUUCAGAAGAAUAUCGAAAUUAAUCUACCUCCUGAGUUGUUACAAUAAUGGCUAUAUUUCCUUAUUAUGUAUAUGGCACCUUUCUUUCUUGUUUAUUCCAAUUGUCUUUCAUUUGAUUUGAUUUUUUAUACCCUGGGUUGGUACAUAGAUUGGAUAGAACUUUGGGAGGGAGAUUAAUGAAUGCCAUUAAUGAUCCUGAGAUCCA